CAGAGAGAAAGAGAAGAAUGUGCAUAGGAGUGUUCUUAUGGCAAUCGCAUCCGCUUUACCCUUUUCUUCUCUUUCUGAAUAGAGAUGAAUAUCACUACAGGGAGACGGAGGCGCUGCGUUGGUGGGAAGACGGAGAGACGCUUGGAGGUAGAGACCUCGUUGGUGGCGGCACGUGGCUCGGUUGCAACAGGCAUGGACGUAUCGCUUUCCUCACCAAUUUCAGAGAGACCUCCUCCAUCCCCGAUGCUAAAUCCCGUGGACAUCUCCCUCUUCGUUUCUUGCAGAGCCAAAAGAGCCCUGUCGAGUUUGCAGAGGAGAUCGAAAAGGAGGUUUCUCUCUACAACGGCUUCAACCUCGUUGUCGCUCACGUCUUCUCCAAAUCCAUGAUUUACAUUACCAACCGGCCACGCGAUGGUGAAAAGCUCGUGACCCUAGUCUCUCCCGGGAUCCAUGUCCUUUCCAACGCCAACCUCGACUCUCCUUGGCCCAAGUGUCUCAGGUUGAAAGACGGUUUCAGUCAGCUUCUGACCCUAAACCAAGGUGGUGAGUUCCCCGUGAAGACUAUGAUGGAAGAAGUGAUGAUUGAUACUGUCAAGGACCAAGAACCCGAGCUGCCUCACGUUUACCCACCUGAAACGGAAUACCAUCUCAGCUCUAUCUUCGUCAACAUUCCUCGACCAGCUGGGAGUUAUGGGACCAGAAGCAUCUCUGCUCUCACCAUCAAGUCCCUUGGUGAGGUCUGUUUCUACGAGAAGCAUCUUGAUCAAGACGGUUCCUGGAAGGAGCACACUCAACACUUUGUCAUACAAAAUCAAAGCUUUACUUGACCCUGUCUGAUUACUUUACUCUGCUUGUAACUUGCCAUUUACUAUAUCAGACAAAUCCUAAAACUUUUACAUUUGUAAUUUGUGCAUGUGUCUACAUAAUACAGAGAACAGAGCUCAUGUCUUUUUAUUCCAAUCAUCAUCAACAUACAAAUACAAUCACAGAUCCGAUACUCUUAUACCACAACCCCAUACAUUUAUAAUCGCACACUUCACACGUAACUGAACACAAAGUGAAAAACCUCUCACACAUUACACUUUGACCGAGAAGAUCUCACUCAGGGAACUCCAAGUUCCCGACACAGCAAGAACUACGCCCAGUCCCACUAUCGCCAUAUCCAGGCUCCAUUGCUUCCACCCCAUCUCUUCCUUAAACACCAGCAAAUGAAACAAAGCAGGUAACACAAACCCUAAGAUGCAGCAAGUGCUGCUCCCCACCAAUGACAAAAAAUCUGUAAAAUUUGGCACAAAGAGAGCCACCAAAGUCACAAUCAAGACUAGCAGCCAUCUUAGCCACGCAGAGUACAUCCCACCCGAGAACCGCCUCUCCACUAUUUCAAAUACUGGGUUCAUCAUCAAGGGGAAGGUGAAGAAAAGGUUGAUGCAGAGUCCAAGCUGAACAAUAGUGCUGAUAAGUCCUGCCCCCAAGUUACCGGUGAUGAUGUCCAUUGUGUCCUCACCAAAUGCCAAGUAACCUAAGAAACCAAAGGCUAUGUAUAUCAUAGAGAUGAACCCCAUGCCGAGUGCCAAGACUUUGCCAAACUUGUCCUUGUCUUUCAUCUCAGAUUCAAGAGGCAAGACCAUUCCAACACCUUCAAAGGAAUAAACAGCAACGCCCAUGCCAUAGAAGAAGAGUGACAUACCACCAAAGGCAACCACGUCAGGCCUUUGCUUGAGAAUAAUCAUGGAAUCCUCAACAAUGACCACAGCCAUAGCUGCAAGAUCAACAACGUCGGCGAAGAUACUAAGAGGAGCCAAGUGAGUGAGGGUCUUGAUGGAGUUAAGGCCAAGCUGGAAGGGAAAGCAUCCCCAGAUGUAGAGACUCUUAGAGGAGACUCCCAGGAAAUCAGAGCCGAGGCGUGUCAUCUGAUGCCUGAGACUGGUGGGGGAAUCAGGAUCGAAGAGAUUAGAUAGAGUAGUGCCGAUGAAGAUAAGAUAUCCGACACAAAAGCCAGCUUGAGACAAAAUUAUAAAGAGGUCAACGACGAGCCUCCCAAGGGAGCCGCAGACGGCAAAGCCAAGGUCACCGAAAGAGCCGAUCUUGGAGAAACCGCCGUUGAAAGAGUCAAGCUUGCGGCGGGUAUAAACGAGAAGCAUCAUACAGUGAUGGGUCAAAACAGAGACGGAGACGAGAAGGAGGACACCCAUGAGCCAGCCGGUGCGCUUGAAGGCGUAAGGAAGACCAAGAACACCAGCGCCGACGACAGCAAUGAAGACGUUGGCGAAGGUCUUGAACUGGCUGGAGAGAGGAGGACCCUUGCCGAGAAGAGGUGUGUCCUCCCUAGGAAGAGGAGGAGAAGGUGGCAUUUUAAUGGAACAAGAAGAGGAGGAGCUAGAAGCCUGUUGCUUGGCUAAACCCAUCUGAUCAAUGGAAAGCUUUCGUCUUUCACCAAGGGGAGAGAGAUGAAUCUGAAUCAAGCAAAGGAGAUAGCAAAGAUGAGAUGGACGACAGGAUGGAAGAAGAAAAGUCGAAGAUGAUGAUAAUUGGAUGAAUUGCGU